CUUUGCGGUCAAUGUAACCCAGCUGUUUAUCAGAGCUGCAGUCGUGUUCUAUUUUUACCGUCUCCAUGUAUGAAAACCUAUUAUAACUUUUCGAGCAACUACUUGGAAAAGCCGCCGUUUUCCAAGUACAGGGGUAUCACACAAAAGACGGCCAUGUUCAUGUGGUCUGGUAGAACACAAGUAGGGAUCCUUAGACACUCCACAGCUUACUGAUUGUUACGAGACGUUUCCCGAAGAACAACAUUUACUCCGAGAUAAAACGAACAUGGCCGAGAGUCGUACGAAGAAAAAAUCUCCACGUCAAAAAGAAAGUGAUACAAAAAUAGAGCAAAGAGGUGAAACUAUCAAUAACUACAUCACGUUGAAGAACCCUGGUAUUGUCCAAGUCGGAAGUGGAAAUGUAGUUUUCAAAGAAGGAAAAUCGUUACUGGACGAUACACAAGGAGGAAUAAGCAAGAAUGACGUGUUUGUUGGUAUGGUAAAUAGCAUAAUAAACCCAACAUGUUCCGAAAAAGCGAUAGAGAUGUCUAUGAAAAUUGUUGAAGAGCGUUUCACAAAGCAAUAUAGAAGACAUUGUUCCACUGUCAAGUCAUUUAAAGAUGCAUAUGGAGCACCUCUUCGAAAGUUUAUUGAAACUAAUAGUGAAUAUUAUGACAUGUACUCUACAAAAGGAAAACAAACAAUCAGGUUGAAAUGGAGAGACAGGAAGAAAUCUGAGGACUCAAAGGAAGUAAGAAAAAGUGUGACAUGUACAGCAAGUGUUCAUUCAGAUCCGAAAUCGACCUUGCCAUUAAAAGAAGCAAGAAAUGAGUGCACAGAAGAGAAAGUUGAGGUUCAGAAACUUGGUGAAGCUUCUGGAUAUGCAACAGAAAAUGACGAUGAUGAAGAAAACUUGAACUCGGAGCCAUGGCAGCAACAAAAAUCAAAACGCAGUGAAAAAAAAUCGGUUCUGAAAGUCCACAGUGUAGAAACUUCUCAAUCUAUUUCUAAAGAGGAGUCAACAUCUUCUGGCACAGAGGAAAUAUACAAUUCAGAGAGGUUUAUGGUUCGAGAUUUGUUGAGGAAGGAUGAAAGUGAUGUACUUCUGUUUUACCCAGAUGAAUCAAUAUACAUGGAUGGACAAGCAAUCUUUAUGCAGGAUAUAGUAUCUCUAUGGAAUACCCCCUCAAGACACACAUCAUCUGUUGUGAUUGGAGUGUGCUUGAAUCAGACAAAACCACAUUCUGUGGUAGGAGUUCGGGUUCGAUCAAGUGAUGAUUUUUAUCAGGCUUAUUUUAACAAAGAUCAUUUUUCGAUGAUGCCUAAUUUCAAGUACAAAGAAGUAGUUUACCAAGACAAAGUAAUUGGUAUUAUUGAUGUUCAAAGCAGCUAUGGCCAAGGCGUGCCUUCAGUUGUUACUAAAGACUUCACAGAUAGUAACCAGCUGACUCUUACAGCAGGUCAGUUGUGGGUCAGGUCUGGGAGACAUAAUCGACUCAGUCUGCCACAGGAUUUUCUGACAGGCCAGAUUUAUCAGUGGUUUGGUGGAACUGGUCAGAUGUCUGUGGAGGAAAAUACAGAAACAACCAGACAAGUAAUAGAUAAAGGGGAUUUUGAGUAUCCUGAUGAAGAAUACUCAGCAACAAUCAAGAGAGGAGUGACAACAGCUGAUUUUUGUUCUGCAGUAGAUUACUUCAAAAAGGGACAUUUUGUAUUGAUUACAGGCAGUUUACCAGAAUCAGUAAGACAUGUGGAUAAUUUGGCACUCGUGUCAUGGCUAGCUGUGUACGACUUUGAGGAGUCUAGUAGACACUCAGGUUUGCUUUCAUGUUUGGAGGAUGUUAUAAAGAGGAAAAGGUACCUACAUGUGUCGACAUGGAAAGAUUCCCCACAGGGUAUUACAGAAAGUGGCACCCAAUGGAUAUGUCUUCGUGGACUUUGUGAAAUACCAGACACCCAAACUUCACACAACCCAAAUGGAUGGUUGCAGCUUGUCAAAGGAAAUCUGAACAGCACUUGUCUUAACCUGGCAAGAUUUUCAGAAGAUUAUACAGUGCUUAGAUUAAUUGUACUAUGGCCAGAUAAUGAAAUACAAGCCCAGUGCGUCUACAAAUUCCUGUGCAAGUUAAAUGACCACUUCCAUGUUCAACCAAAGAUUAUUGUUUGCUUAUUACAAGAACUAAAUUCAAGCGUUGGAAAGUCAGUUUUACAGCUUCUUGAAUCUGACUACAAUACCAACUUAGUUCAGCUGAAGAUUGAUUUGGAAAGUCUUUGUUUAUCUGUGGGGAACAUGCUGAAAGAGAUUUCGAAACAAAGAGAAAUGGAUUACUCUCUUCCAAAGCAAGAAAGUCAUAUGCAUGCUGAUGUAACAGACAAAGAUGCAGCUUGGCUACGUGAGGACUUAGUGGUUCUGUACUUGUCCAGUCCGUACACUAAAGGGGAAGCUGAUGUUGAAGAACUGACAAAAGAAGUGGAUUGUUUCUUCAAGGGGGGGUCACUUCACUGGUGUGCCAGAUACGCCUUUGGAACAACACACGUUGAUGUUGAAAGAGACAUCAUGAAAUAUAUCAUUGAACAUGUAGAGCAGAAACUCAUUAAGGAAUUUAGAAGUGCUACUGUCACAAUAUUUCAUGCCCCCGGUGCUGGAGGAACAACACUAGCGCAACGAAUAUUGUGGGAAUUGAGAAAGAUAUGUCCAUGUUGUCAACUUAAACAGAGGCCUGGCAUAUUGAUUGAGGAAGUUUUGGCAAAAAUACAAUAUCUGUACGAUGUUUCUGGCCUCCCAGUUGUUCUUUUGAUUGACGGGGAAGAUGAACCUCGUGUGAAGCAAAUUAUGAAGAAAUUGAAAUCAGGAUGCAUCAUUGUCAUCUAUGCAAAACGUUAUCCUUAUGCAAUAAAAGAGCCACUUCAACGUCCAAAAGACAACAAAUUUUGGUUAAGAGGAGAAGUAACAGAAGACGAAGCCAAAAUCCUUUCUUUCAAAUUCCUUGAAAGAUGUCAAGAAGAUAAUAGGAAAAAGGUACUAUCCAAAAUGUGCAAAGAUGUUCAACAGAAAAAGAGGCAUCAUGUGAUGUAUGAAUUCGGUAUGGCAGUGUAUCAUCACGAGUUCAGAGGAAUAGAAACAUAUGUGAAAGGGUAUCUUCGGUUGGAGGAAAACCCCACAAGGCACCUUUUGUCAUGGCAGAAGAUCCUCGGUUACCUGUCACUUGUAUAUUUCUAUGGUCAGACGUCCAUGCCAUGUCAAGUGUUUGCUCGACUUUUGGGAAAACAGUCAAACUUUGAUGUAUGUAUAGAUGACUUUCCAUACCCAAUCAUGGAGUUUGUUGUUGAAGAUGCAUCCGAUGGUCGGGAAAAGAACAUACGGAUCAGCAAUUACUACCUUGCAAAGGAAAUUUUGGAACAAGUUUUGAAUCGGUCAAGCACCAAACAAGACACAAGGCUUCAAACCCUAAGCAAGAAGGCUAAACACAAUCUAAAGGAGUUUUGCCUUGAGUUUAUUUCCAUGUUUAGUUCAAGGAGGACCAGGUCAUCUUUGACAGCUCACAAUAUAAUCAAAAUUCUUACGAGGACAUUCAUUUACAGAGAUAACAAAGAUGUUGGAGAAAAUGAAGUUCAAAUUAAGAAAAGACCUCUUUUUUCACAACUGAUAUGUGACAUUGACAUGAAUUCACCAUUCACAGGAAGACUAGAAGUUCUUAGGAGACUAUCAUCUUCUUUUCCCGAUGAUCCAAAUUUCCUUGCUCAUCUUGGACGUUUCUAUGCACACUGCCGACAAGAAGAAGAGGACAAGGCAGAGAGAUGUUUUGAAGAUGCCCUUGAUCUGUGCAAGAAAUGGAACGAUGGUCCACUUACCUCUGUAACAGAGGAAUGGAGGAAGCUGACAUUGAUGCACAUAUACCACAUGUAUGGUACCAUAUAUCAACGUCGUGUUGGAAAGUACACGGGAAGAAGCCAAGGUAGCAAACCAGAAACUGAGACAACUGAAGGAGAAUUUAACCUUCGAAUUGAAGAACUCGUGAGAGAUGCAGAUACAGCUUGUAGCUAUUUUACACAUUGCAGGCAAAAUGCACCUUCAGGUUAUGAAGAGUGUUAUGGAUAUUCCAGUGAAAUCCGCGUUCGCCUGCAAGUAUGUGAUUUUGUCAACAGAAACUACACUAACGGUGGAGUAUCAGGCUUCCUAACCAAACAUGGUCGUCAUGGCGAACCAGUAGCAGAGUUUAUCAUGGACAGCAUUACUGAUAUCGAAGAUAUGAUUCUUGAAUGUUACAGUCUCAUUGACCCUGGAAAUCUUGAUCAAACAUUUCAUUCAGCCGUCCUUUGGUACGAUCAGCUGUUUGAAAGAAAUAUGUUUGACAUUCACAGACUUGACAAUAUGUCAGUGACAUCAAGGAGACUGCUGAUAGCUGCAAACAAACUCAAAUACACCAGAAAAGGUCACCACAGUGUGUUUGAGAUCAGUAAUAUUCCAGAAGCAGAUAUAAUUGAGUUCAUCAAUCUCUAUGAAGAGAACUUCAAAGACGCAUCAGUGAUGGGGGACUUCAGCAAGAGGCAGCUUGAGUCAGACUUUAAAGAAUGGCUUGUUGCCAUACGACACCCACACUUUCCCAGCACGUAUUCAGAACAAGAUGUUCUCAGCAAGAUCAGAUACUGGUAUGAAACACUUCACAGCCCAACAUCAACAUUCUACCUCUUUGUCGUGUUGAGCCUUGUUGGCUUUGGAUCAGCAGAGUGCAAAGGAAAUAGUGAGAGUCUCGUUCAAGCCCAAAUGCUAAAGGACGAUAUGGACAAAUUCAUCAAAUCUGUUUCAAAACCAAGAUAUCCCCAGGAAUGGCUUGGAAAGAACAACUCUGGCAUUAAGCGUCUAAUACCCCGAAGCCGUUUAUCUGCUCAGAUUGAAGGAAGGAACAUACAGAGUACUCCACACAGCCUUUUGGUCUGCAAGGGAACGAUUGCUCACCCCAACAGCAACCGGUUGUCUGGAUACAUAGACCUAGACCUCGGACAGAAUUCCGUGCCAGUUAAGGUAUUUUUCAUUCCAAUUAGAGCUGGUUUGGUUGGAACUAGAUUUGCUGGACAACGUGUUCAAUUUUACCUUGCGUUCUCGUUUCAUGGUAAUGAAGCUUAUAAUGUUCAGGAACUAACGAAACACCAAUGCUUGGUUUGCUUAAAGAAAACAGAGAUACAGAUGGAUAAAGAAACUGUUCAGUGUUCAUGUGGAGCUGUGGUGGAAAAGCACGAGUUACUGUAAACAUUACUGAAUCAAUGUAUGAUUACAGAUGAUGCCAGACCCUCACAUGAAAGGGUCGGACUGUCUUAGCUUUUGAAAGGAGAAAAGAUAGAGUUUUGAUUUGCAUUAACAUAAAUAUUGUAUUACCAUUACUGUUAAUGUUGAAAUCUGUAUUAACUAAGUCGGGUUACUGUGCAUGAGUCGUAGGUUGUUUGAAACUAAGAAUGGCGACAUCAAAUCCCAAUCUGUAUUAGUCAAAUGCUAAGUUAUCCAGUUGUGUGUGAGAGUAGUAUAUGUGGUACUGUGACAGUAAGAGAAAAGAAACAAUAUUGUCAGUAUAAAGCAACAUGCGCGGGAGGCCUACAUUCGUCAUGAAUAAAGAUCAUAUAGGUCAGUAUAUAGAGUGAGUGAGUGAGUUUGGUUUAACGCCGCUUUUAACACUAUUCCAGUCAUAUCGCGGCGUGUCAGCUUAAUGUGGGAGGAAAGCCCGAAGUGAUGCAGGUUGUCAGUUUAUAGAAGCUUAGUUUCGAAUUUCAACAUCUUGUAUCUACUUUUGUCGCUAUUGUUGCAAAAUAAAUCUCCAAUGACGUUUUGAAAUAAUGAAAAGUGGUUUGCCUAAACUUACGAUUCUCCAAAUCUGUCAGCCAUUGAAAAUAUUUAAAAUCUCAUGUCUAUCUAAUAUCAAAGUCAUCUGUGAGGUUAUUACGAGAAAUGGUUGUAUCAUUCAUUGCCAGUUACUCUUGCACUUUUACUUGUUUAAUCCUGAAUCUUGGUAAAUGUUGGAUCUCAGGAAGUUGUGUUGAAUGUGGUCGAAAUCAGGAAAUGAUAUAUUUGAACUGAAAGUAAAUGGUCGAAUGUAACAAUUUUUUUAUUUGGGAUAACACUUUCUUAGUAAAGUACAGAUUCUCGUACAUU